AAAAUUGAAAAAUUUGAUGUUUAUUUUUUUUGUUUUGUUCAGGAAAUACUACAUCCACUCAUUCACUCACUCAUUCAUUCGACCUGGAUCGAAAUAGCUUUUUUUGUUGUUGUUGUUAGAUGAUGGUUAUUUUUUUGUUGUUGCUGGUUUACGAGCACAGUAAAUCAUUCGAUUCUUUAACGAUGUUGAUUUUGAUGAUGGUGAUGAUAAUCGCGAUAUUCUGUGUGUUUCUAUGAACAACUAUGAAGAUGGUCAUCUGCUGUUGUUGCUGCAUUUUUCAUUUGUUUUGCUCCAUUUCAUGCACAACGUUUAAUGGCAAUUUAUGUUAAAAAUCCAUCCGAUUAUGAAACAAUUGCAUUCACUUUAUUAACAUAUAUUUCUGGUGUUACUUAUUAUCUAAGUGCAACAAUUAAUCCAAUACUAUAUUCAAUAAUGUCUGUACGUUUUCGUCAAGCAUUUCAUGAUACAUUUGUACGAACAUUUUGUUCAUCCGUUUCAAAUCAAUUCAAUGAUCAUCAUAAUCAUAAUCGUGGUCAAAUGUAUUGUUCAACUUAUAGUCAUCAUCAUUCGUAUCAUCAACAACAACAACAACAACAAAAACAACAUCAAAAAUCAAUAAUAAGUGAUCGUGAAAAAUCA